AUUAAAUGAAGUUCAAGCUUCUAAUUCCAACUCUCUUAUGCACAUUUCUCUCUUCAUCAUUUUAUAUAGCAUCACCCCAAGCUCUACAUACCACCAUCAACACAACCGCGAGUACAAUUGCUACAACCCCUUUUGACUCUGAUGGUCAUGAGGUCCAACAAGGAUCAAAGUACUACAUAAGUCCAGUUGGCUCCAACAACGAUAAUGGUGGUGGCAGUGACGGCGGCGGUGGUCUUGCUCUUGCUUCACGGGACGGUUUUUGCCCUCCUUUUGUCAUACAAGUAAACAACCAACUUUCAAGAGGCUUUUCUCUUAGGUUCUUACCACUUGACUCCAAACAAAACUCUAUAAUAGCCUUAUCAAGUGAUCUCAAUAUUGUGUUUAAUGCGGCAACAAUAUGUGUCCAAUCUACUGUAUGGAGGAUUAGUAAUGGUAGUGUUGGAGGUAAUUAUAGUAAUCCUAAUGAAGUUGUGGCUGCAGGGCGAAAGUAUUACGUGAGGAGUGGCGGUGUGGUUGGGCAACCGGGGGUGGCUACGGUGAACAAUUGGUUUAGAAUUGAGAAAGUUAGGGACAUUGGAUACAAGUUUGUGUUUUGUCCAAGUGUUUGUAGUAGUUGUAAAGUUGUAUGUGGGGAUGUUGGUGUUUCGGAAGAAAAUGGAAACAAAUGGCUUGCUCUUCAUGACCAACCAUUUCUCUUUACUUUCAAAAAGGCUUGAUUGAUGAUCGGUUUUUUAACUUGUAUCAACUACUCGUAGUUCUAAUGCGAGAAUCUGUUUUUGUACCCAUAUAUCAUAUAUAAAAGAAAUGUUUUACCAUGUGAAAGAUUACAUAUGU